AUGGCGGUUUUGGACAUUUGUGUCAAGAACUGUGGGUAUCCGUUUCAUUUACAGAUUUCUCGUAAAGAGUUUUUGAACGAGUUGGUGAGACGGUUUCCUGAGAAACCGCCAGUGGCGUAUUCCAAGACUCAAUUGUUGAUUCUCGAAUCGAUUGAAGAGUGGAGACAGACCAUCUGCCGGACCAGCAGAUAUAAAGACGAUUUGGGCUAUAUUCGUGAUAUGCAUCGGUUACUCACAUACAAAGGUUAUAUUUUCCCCGAGAUCAAUCGAGACGAUGCGGCAGUUCUCAAUCCUUCUGAUAGUCUGCGGUCGGCUCAAGAACUCGAACAAGAGGAGAAAGAAGCGCAGUCUGCCAAGUUGCAAGAACUCAUUCGACGAGGUACUCCUGCUGAUUUACAGGAAGCUAACAGACUCAUGUCGGUCAUGGCCGGGUUCAGAGAGAAUAAAACCGAUUAUAGAGCCAAGGCUGCGAAAGAUCUUGAUAAACUACGUCGAAAAGCUGAGAUUCUAGAAGAAAUGCUCGAUCAUCAUCAGGCAGAAAAUACUAUUCCUGACGAUGGCGACGAUGUAUUCUCGGAUCUCAUUAGUGCUUUAAAGACGGCUCGACCUAAGAUCCAGAAAAUGAUUGAUCAAGAAGGUGAAGAAGACGAAGAGGCCGUUACUAAAUUACUUGGUUUGAACGAUUAUAUCCAGUCGUUGAUUGAAAAGUACGAUUUCUUGAAGAAUGGCGAUUUCACCAAUGCUGGUCAAGUAGCGGUGAAUCCUAUUCCUGGCACUGAAGAAGGCAGACGUAAACGUAAUGUCAAUAACAAGGCUGCUCUUAUAGAGUCGUUAAUUGAUAUUGAUGGCGAUGAUAACGAUGCUGGAAUCGGGUCUUCAAGCAGUACUGGUGCUACUGGUGGCACUUCACAACAACAAAAUACUGGAAGUGCCAGUGAAGACUUGCUGGGUGCUUUUGACAAUCUGUCAUUUGGCGGCAGUGGAGCUAAUACUGCUACUGGAUCUGGUGCUGGAAGUGGUGGAUUUGGCAAUGGGUUUGGCCAAGGUGGUAAUAUCUCACUUGGCAUUUCGACACCUUCUCCACCACCAUCAACUAUAUCGGGAUCGCAAUUAUCGAUUCCCACGGCACCAUCUCUUAUUGGCGAUUUUGGUACAAACAGCGUUUAUAGUGGUAUGUCGACACCAAGUUUGACGACCGGAACUGCCACUAUUGCCUCGACUUUACUUACUGCAUCGGCUGGAAAUGCCACGCCCAAGACCCAUUCACGAACCUCGUCCUUGUUGGACGAUUCUGACUGGACGAAUUUCGAGUCCGGUUCGUCGAGCCACGCUGCUGGCGCCUCGGCGUACCCCAAAUCCGAUGUUGCCGUGCUCGAUUCGACUGCUCUAUCUAUCCAUUUCGACGUAGUCCGCCAAUCUGGUACUGAAGUUUCUAUUAAAGCUAUAUUCUCCAACAAAUCAGCCACUCAGCCCAUCUCGAACCUGAACUUCCAACUGGCAGCUCCCAAAUCGCAACUCCUGCGAAUGGAGCCCCAAUCCGGCAGCAACCUGCCACCCUUGAGCCAAGCCGGAGUCGUCCAAAACGUUCGUCUCACCCUCUCACAACCCAGCGAGCCCGGCUCCGCCAAGCUCAAACUCAAGUGGAAAGUCUUUUUUGUCCUCGGCCCCGACAGCAAAGAGCUCUCCGGCACCAUUGACAACAUCAAUGUCUAA